UUUACGAACCAUAUAUCUUGUGUCAAGGUAAAUAGACAUGGUGAGUCGCACGUGGGUGAUUGCGCAUGGAGCUAUAGAGAAGAUAUGAAUCUUUGACCGAAACCUAGCAGGAAUUGAGUUUUCUACAGUGUAGCUCAGAACGAGUCUAGUGUCUCAAAACGAAGCUAGACAUUUCCUCGAUAUAUUCGUCUGCUGUGCAGGUCGACUCACAUGUUACUAUGUAAUAUGUAAUUCUGCUACAGCUGAAGGUUGAAAUGUCUCCCUGAACACGUAAAAGCUGCAUAAAAGAAAUGACUCCUAUUAUAUUUGACAAAUCUGGAAGAAAAAAUAAAUUUUUAUCUUCCGUCAUUGAACAUAGAAGAGUAUGAUUGGGUUCGAAAUCUCUUCAUAAAAAUUCCAUCUAAUAUUGGUCUGAAAUAUGUGAAGAAGAAGAAUUGGCAUCUAUAUCCAGUGAUCGCGAACUUAAAAUCAAGCACGCUGAGUUACGUAUCGAUAUAUUUUGGAUUGCUAUUACAGGAGAAUACCCGUCAGUAGCAAAAAAAGCUUUAUCCGUUUUGAUGCAGUUUUCCACAUCGUAUUUAUGCGAGUUGGGAUUUUCAACCCUCAGUCACAUCAAAUCCAAAGAAAGAGAGAGGCUCCGUUGCAUCGAAGAAGAAAUGAAGGUUCAUCUUUCUCAAAUACGUCCCAAUAAUGAAAACGUUUCCAAAAUCAUCAAGCGCAUGUUUCUCGUUGAUAAUUUUGCUUCAUAUCGAAUAGAGAAAUAUCAGGUAUCAUUGGAUUAAAAGAACUCUUUACAUCAAAUACAUCAUCAAUAUCUAAACAGAAAAAAUAGAACCUUUUUUUUUAUAUAAAUAUGUAGUGGAAUUACUGUGUAGAAUCUGUACAAGAUUAGUUUAAAUCUAAUCAAAAUUGUCCCAAGUUACAAAAGAGUUUGCAGCAUCUUCAGAUAUAGAGAAAUAAAACAGUUUAUACAAAUAUAGCAGAAGAAAUAUUUGUUUGGAAUAAAAUGUAACAAGGAAAAUAAGAAAAAUAUCUGUAUAUUGCAGUAAGAGAAAAAAAAUGAUGGAAUUAUGUGAGGCUCAGGUUUAUGGUAAAACACAGUCUAAAAGGAUUGAUUUUCCUAAUGAGAUACUGGAAGAAAAAGGAAAAUCAUCAUACAGCUGUGAUAUCUCUAAAAAAUCAUUCUCUCAGAAAGGUUAUCUAACAAGUUACAAACAUAUUCAUACAGGAGAGAAACAUCACUGUGAUAUCUGUGGUAAAUCAUUUGCUGGAAGUAGUGAUUUAACUAAGCACAUACGUAUUCAUACUGGAGAAAAACCAUAUAACUGUGAUAUCUGUGCUAAAUCAUUCUCUCGUAGUAGUGAUUUAACUACUCACAAACGCAUUCACACAGGAGAAAAGCCCUAUCACUGUAAUGUUUGUGGUAAAUCAUUCUCUCAAGGAAAUACCCUAAAUAGACAUAAACACAUUCAUACGGGAGAGAAGCCAUAUCACUGUGAUAUUUGUGGUAAAUCAUUCUCUCAAAAGGAUCACUUAAUUACUCACAAGCGAAUUCAUACAGGAGAGAAGCCAUAUCAUUGUGGUAUCUGUGGUAAAUCAUUUUCUGGAGGAAGCAGCUUGAUUGCCCACAAACGCAUUCAUACUGGUCAGAAGGCAUAUCACUGUGAAAUCUGUGGUAAGUCAUUCUCAGAAGGAAGUAAUUUAACUAAACACAAAUAUAUUCAUACAGGAGUGAAAGAAUAUCACUGUGAUAUCUGUGGUAAAUCAUUCUUUCAAAAAGGUCACUUGAUUAGGCAUAGAUAUAUUCAUACAGGAGAGAGGCCAUAUCAGUGUAAUAUCUGUGGUAAAUCAUUUUCUGUAAAUGAUCACUUAAUUACCCACAAACGUACACAUACAGGAGAGAAGCCAUAUCACUGUGAUAUCUGCAAUAAAUCAUUCUCUGGAGGAAGCAGCUUAACUAGACACAAACGAAUUCAUACAGGAGAGAAGCCAUAUCACUGUGAUAUUUGUAGUAAAUCAUUCUCUAAUGGAAAUGCCUUAAAUAUUCACAAAAGCAUUCAUACAGGAGAGAAGCCAUAUCACUGUGAUGCCUGUGGUAAAUCAUUCUCUGUAAGAAGUCACUUCACUAUUCACAAACAAAUGCAUACAGGAGAAAAUACAUAUCAGUGUGAUAUAUGUAGUAAAUCAUUCUCCAGAGGAAGCAGCUUAACUAGACACAAACAUACUCAUACAGGAGAGAGGCCAUAUCACUGUGAUAUCUGUGGUAAAUCAUUCUCUGAAGGAGGUACUUUAACCACUCACAAACAUAUUCAUACAGGUGAGAAACCAUUUCAAUGUGAUAUCUGUGGUAUAUCAUUCUUUCAAAGAAUUCACUUAGUUAUUCACAAACAUACUCAUACAGGAGAGAAACCAUAUGGCUGUGAUAUCUGUAAUAAAUCAUUCUCUCAAACAAGUCACUUAAUUAUUCACAAACGUACUCAUACAGGAGAAAAACCAUAUCAUUGUGAUAUCUGUGGUAAAUCAUUCUCUCAAAAUAGUGAUGUAACUAAACACAAACGUACCCAUACUGGAGAAAAGCCAUAUCAAUGUGAUAUCUGUGCUAAAUCAUUCUCUGGAAAGGGAGAUUUAACUAAACACAGACGUAUUCAUACUGGGGAGAAACCAUAUCACUGUGAUAUCUGCGGUAAAUCAUUCUCCGUUAGUGAUGUCUUAAAUAAACAUGUUCGAAUUCAUACAGGUGAAAAACCAUAUCACUGUGAUGUCUGUGGUAAAUCAUUCAAUAUUAAUAGUAACCUGACUACUCACAAACGUAUUCAUACAGGAGAGAAGCCGUAUCACUGUGAUAUCUGUGGUAAAUCUUUCUCUGCAAGUAGUAAUUUAACUAAACACAAAAGUAUUCACACAGGAGAGAGACCAUAUCACUGUGAUACCUGUGGUAAAUCAUUCUCUCAAAAUGAUCAUCUAACUAAGCACAGACGUACUCAUACAGGAGAAAAACCAUAUUGUUGUGAUAUCUGUAGUAAAUCAUUUUCUCAAAAUAAUGAGUUAACUAAUCACAAGCAUAUUCAUACAGGAGAGAAGCCAUAUCACUGUGAUAUCUGUGGUAAAUCAUUCUCUGGUAAUAGUGACUUAACUACUCACACACGUAUUCAUACAGGAGAGAAACCCUUUCACUGUGAUAUCUGUGGUAAAUCAUUCUCUGACUCAGGUAACUUAGCUCCUCACAGACGCAUUCAUACAGGAGAGAAACCAUAUCACUGUGAUGUCUGUGGUAAAUCAUUCUCUGCAAAAUGUAACUUAACUACUCACAAACGCAUUCACACAGGGGAGAAGCCAUACCACUGUUAUGUCUGUGGUAAAUCUUUCUCCCAAAACGAUCACUUAUCUAUACACAAACGUAUUCAUACAGGAGAGAAACCAUAUCGCUGUCAUAUCUGUGGCAAAUCAUUUUCUCACGGAAAUACCUUAACUACUCACAAGAGGAUUCAUACAGGUGAGAAACCGUAUCAGUGUGAUAUUUGUGGUAAAACCUUUUCUCAAAAUGAUCACUUAACUAUACACAAACGUAUUCAUACAGGAGAGAAACCAUAUCACUGUGAUAUCUGUGGUAAACCAUUCUCUCAAAAAAGCCAUUUAACUACACAUAUAUGUAUUAAUACAGAUGAGUAACUUUAUCAAUGUCAGGAGUCAUUGUAUGAAGAAAUAAAUCUGAUAUAGUCAUAAAUGAUUUACAGAGAAAAGACAAUAUAACACUAUUUUGUAUAACCAGAGCUGUAUCUACUUUGGUGAGAUAACUUUCCAUUGUGAUAUUUUUAAUUGAAAUAGUCUUUUACAAUACUUGUAUACAUUCCUUCUGACAUGUUUCCAGAAAAGAUAAAGCAUACAGUUGAUUUAUUUGACAUUGUGAGUAAAUACCUGAGAAAUGUAUAUUUCAUUAUACUAUAACAUAUAUGAUAUACUGUAUACAUUGUUUCUUACAUAUAUUCUUGUGUGAAAUUAUAUGUAGUGCAUCAAGUUAAUAUAAUAAAUUGGAAUUUAA